CACUCGCUGCGGUGACGACGACCAUGGACCGGGGCAGAGUCCUCUUCGGUGGUACCAACUUUUAGCCCUUUACUUUAUCUUCCGGCUCUCAAAAAACAAAAGUUCUGGGCAGCUCUGAGCAGUCAUGGGGGAGAUCGAGGGCUCAUACCGAGUCCUGCAGACCCCGGGCACCAGGCUGGGAGCCCAGUUCAACGCUGGUAUCAGCACCCUGGAGCCGGGCCAGAGCCUCGGUGGCAACAACAUGGUCAGUGGGGGCAGGAACUAUGGAAGAGAGCUGCAGAUCCGUGUGCAAGGGCUGGACGACUCCCAGGAGUUCUUUGACAUUGAUUGUAAGGCUUUGGGACAGGCCCUCCUCGCCGAGGUUUUCCACAGAGGAAACCUCAUGGAGAGCGAUUACUUUGGCCUGGAGUUCCAGAACAUGCAGCUGAACUGGGUUUGGCUGGAGCCCACCAAGCCCGUUGCAAAACAAGUCAGACGACCUGCAAAUACACUCUUUAGGCUGUCGGUGAAAUUCUUUCCGCCGGACCCCGGUCAGCUGCAGGAGGAGUACACCAGGUAUUUGUUCUCCCUGCAGAUAAAGAGAGAUCUGAUGGAGGGCAGGCUGGUCUGUUCAGAGAAUACCGGAGCCUUGCUGGCCUCUCACCUUGUCCAGUCGGAGAUCGGUGACUACGACGAUGCCGCAGACAGGGAUUACCUGAGGACAAACAAGCUGCUGCCCUACCAGGAGAAAGUGCAGGAGAGGAUCAUGGAGCUGCACCGCAGACAUCUGGGCCAGACUCCUGCUGAAUCAGAUUUCCAAAUCCUGGAAAUUGCACGCAAACUGGAACUGUACGGCGUCCGCUUCCACCCAGCGGCUGAUCGGGAAGGCACCAAGAUCAAUCUGGCUGUGGCACACAUGGGGCUCCAGGUUUUUCAGGCUAACACAAAGAUAAACACCUUCAACUGGUCCAAGAUUCGCAAGCUAAGCUUCAAAAGGAAGCGUUUCCUUAUCAAGCUUCACCCUGAAGUCCAUGGCCCCCACCAGGAUACUCUGGAGUUUCUCAUGGGCAGUCGAGACCAGUGUAAAAUCUUUUGGAAGAUCUGUGUGGAGUACCACUCCUUCUUCCGUUUGUUCGACCAACCCCAACCCAAAUCCAAAGCCAUCCUGUUCACUCGAGGUUCCUCCUUCAGAUACAGUGGAAGGACCCAGAAGCAGCUUGUGGACUACGUCAAGGAAAACGGUGCAAAGCGAACCCCAUAUCAGAGGAGGAACAGUCGAAUCCGAAUGUCUGCUCGCUCCCUCGCGACAGAUGUGCCAAAACAGAGCUUGUCCUUCAAUGACAGUCUCCGGGCCCCGGGCUCCCCUUCCUCCACCGUGUCCUUCCACUCAGCCCACAUCUCCAACAUUCUGCCCCGAACAGAACUGAAACCUCAGCCCCAACCUUUAUCCACCGUGAGCCCAUCUCCACCAUCUCUUCAGCAGCAGCAGCAGCUUCAGUCCCCUCUGCAAGCCACCACCAGACCCCCUACCCCUCCGAAGGAAGAACCUGUCCAGGCCACCUCCCCUUUUCCAGCAGACACGGUGGUGGACAGCCCCCAGCUCUCACCCUUCACCUCCAAGGAGCCCCUCUGCCUGUCGCCCUCCUUCCAGAUGUCCACCCUCAGUCUGCCGGGACAGGCGCCGUCGCCCCUGCAAAGCCCCAUCCUGAGCGAGGUGGGCAGCAAUGCCAGGCUAGAGGAGGAGGAGGAGGGCAGGAGGAAGCGAUAUCCCACCGAUAAAGCCUACUUUAUUGCCAAAGAGAUUCUGACCACAGAGCGGACGUACCUGAAGGACCUGGAGGUCAUCACCGUGUGGUUCCGCAGUGCUGUGAUUAAAGAAAACGCCAUGCCCGAAGGCCUGAUGACCCUGCUCUUCUCCAACAUCGACCCCAUCUACGAGUUCCACCGGGGCUUCCUGAAGGAGCUGGACCAGAGGCUGGCUCUCUGGGAGGGACGCUCAAACGCUCACGUGAAAGGUGACUACCAACGGAUCGGCGACGUGAUGCUGAAGAACAUGUGUGCUCUUAAGGAAUUCACCAGCUACCUGCAGAAACACGACGAGGUGCUGACGGAGCUGGAGAAAGCCUCCAAGAGGCUGAAGAAGCUGGAGACUGUGUACAAAGAGUUUGAGCUGCAGAAGGUCUGCUACCUGCCGCUCAACACCUUCCUGCUCAAGCCCAUCCAGCGCCUCAUGCACUACAAGCUCAUCCUGGAGAGGCUGUGCAAACAUUACUCCCCCUCCCACCGCGACCACGACGACUGCAAAGAGGCAUUGAAGGAAGUGGCAGACAUUGCCGCUCAGCUUCAGAGCAGCCUGAUCCGCCUGGAGAACUUCCAGAAGCUCACCGAGCUGCAGAGAGACCUGAUCGGCAUCGAGAACCUGACAGCACCGGGCAGAGAGUUCAUCAGAGAGGGGUGUCUGUACAAGCUCACCAAGAAGGGGCUGCAGCAGAGAAUGUUUUUCCUGUUCUCGGACAUGCUUCUCUACACCAGUAAAGGUGUGACGGCCACCAAUCAGUUCAAGGUGCACGGACAGCUGCCCCUCCACGGCAUGAUUCUCAUAGUGCUGGAUGCACCGGUAGAGGAGAGUGAGAACGAGUGGUCCGUCCCUCACUGUUUCACCAUUUACUCGGCUCAGAGGACGAUCGUCGUGGCCGCCAGCUCCAAGGUGGAGAUGGGGAAGUGGAUUGAGGAUCUGAACCUGGCUAUCGACAUGGCCAAGAAGUCUCAGGAGAAAUCCAGCAUCUUCCUCGACGCUGGCCUCAACGAUCACUCCAACCGAUCGUCCGACGAGGUUUCGCUGGAGCAGGAGUCCGAGGACGACAUGAACUCUUCCCGCACCUCUCUGGACAAGCAGACACACCACCGUGCCAACACCACUAUGCAUGUGUGCUGGCACCGCAACACCAGCGUGUCUAUGUCUGAUCACAGCCUGGCUGUGGAGAACCAGCUCUCAGGCUACCUCCUGCGGAAGUUCAAGAACAGCAACGGCUGGCAGAAGCUCUGGGUGGUUUUCACCAACUUCUGCUUGUUCUUCUACAAGACUCACCAGGACGACUUCCCGCUGGCUAGCCUCCCGCUGCUCGGCUACUCGGUCAGCACGCCAGAGGAGUCGGACAACAUCCACAAGGAGUACGUCUUCAAGCUGCAGUUCAAGUCUCACGUUUACUUUUUCCGAGCAGAGAGCGAGUACACCUUCGAGAGAUGGAUGGAGGUGAUAAAGAGUGCCGCCAGCACCACCGGCCGGAUGAGCCUGCUCAUACCGAAGGGAGGACCCAUGGAGAUGAAUGGAAACUGAAACAAAAGUGUUGUGCACCUGCAGGCUGGGCCUCCAGGACGUCUGAAAGACUCAAGUGUUGUUUCUAAGCAGAACUAAAAGCAGAAACCCGGGAGAUAACUGCAGGUUAAAGUGUUAACAGUUCUCAGCUUUUUAACGGUCUGUGCGUUUUUUGCUUAAUUCAUGAUGUAAAUGAUAACAUUUGCUCCAGUAUACAGGAUAUAAUGAAAGGGAGAUGUGUACAUGCAAUCCUUUUGUUCUUUGUUUUUUUUUUCUUCUAUGCGUAGUGCUCAAUAUGAUAGACUGACUGAUGGGAAAUAAUGUUUUAUGGGACCAACUCCUGCACAGGGAGCUUGAAAUUGUAGCUUGUCUUUACGGUACAUGCAGACUGAAGCUUUACAGAGUGCAGCGUGCUGCUACUGCAGAAGAAUUACAGUAUGUUGUUAAAGGAAGGUACGGUAAAAUGUGCACACUCCCCCCCUUUUAAAGGUGCUGAAGUGUCUGAGAGGGAAGCGGGGGGAGUAGAUGAAGUGUCAGUGCAAGUUGGAGAUGGGAGACAUGCCAGGUUUUGAAGAGUUUAUGCUGCAAUCGGGACAAGUGAAGCAUUAGGAAUGAUGGUACUAGCUGUAUUUAUUAAAAAAAAAAAAAAAAUCAAAUGUAACGGUUAAUGAAAGGGUGCAGCCAGGUGUUAUCAAGCUGAU